GGGUCUGAGUCUGGCGGCCGCGGGUCUUGGGGGGGGGGAAGCUGAGGCCGAUGCCGAGUUGCUGGGUGUCCAUGAGCCAUGCAGCAGCCUUACGAUUUCUUCAGCGAGGAGAACCAUCUGAAAUGGCGGGGGCUGUUCUUACCGGCUUUGAAAAAGGUUCAGAGACAGGUUCAUCCAACCCUUUUAGCAAAAGAAGAUGCUCUCCAUUACAUAGAAGAAUUAAUUCUUCAGUUACUGAAUAUACUCUGUAUUGCGCAACCACGAACAGUUCAAGAUGUGGAGGAGCGUGUUCAAAAGACUUUCCCGCAUCCAAUUGACAAAUGGGCUAUUGCUGAUGCACAGUCUGCUAUUGAAAAACGCAGACGACGGAACCCUCUUCUUCUGCCAGUGGACAAAAUACAUCCUUUAUUGAAGGAAGUGCUCGGUUAUAAAGUGGAUUACCAGGUUUCUCUGUAUAUAGUGGCUGUGCUGGAAUACAUUUCGGCUGACAUCUUAAAACUGGCUGGCAACUAUGUCGGUAAUAUUCGACACUAUGAUAUUUCACAACAGGACAUUAAAGUGUCUAUGUGUGCAGACAAGGUCUUGAUGGACAUGUUUGACCAGGAUGAUGAUAUUGGCGUGUCUUUAUUGGGAGAUGAUGAACCAGGUGCUACAGGUGAACAAGGUUACUAUGACCUGGUGAAAGCUGAAAUUGCAGAGGAGAGGCAAUAUCUACGGGAACUGAACCUGAUUAUAAAGGUCUUUAGAGAGGCAUUUAUAUCCAACAACAAGCUCUUUACUGCACGUGAUAUUGAAGUGAUCUUCAGUAAUAUCUUAGACAUUCAUGAAUUGACUGUGAAGCUACUAGGUUUAAUGGAGGACACUGUUGAGAUGACAGAUGAAAGCAGCCCUCAUCCAUUGGUGGGCAGCUGCUUUGAGGAUCUAGCAGAGGAGCAAGUAUUUGAUCCCUAUGAAAUCUGUGCCCAAGAUAUUCUUUCAUCACAGUUUCAUGAACACUUCAACAAUUUGAUGUCCAGGCCAGCAGUAGCAUUUUAUCUUCAGUCAAUCGCUGAAGGAUUCAAAGAAGCUGUUCAGUAUGUACUACCCCGCCUACUUUUAGUCCCAGUCUAUCACUGUUUGCAUUACUUUGAGUUAUUGCAGCAAUUACAAGAGAGAAGUAAAGAUGAAGAGGACCGCGAGUGUUUGAAACAAGCCAUCACUGCCCUAUUGAACCUGCAGUGUAGUAUGGAACGCAUCUACAAUAAACAUCUACCUAAACGCAGAGCUGGUGAACCUUUACCUCGUCUCUACAACCGCCAGAUUAGGAGUAAGCACCUUGCAAUCAAGAAAAUGAAUGAAAUCCAAAAAAAUAUUGAUGGGUGGGAGGGGAAAGAUAUUGGACAGUGUUGCAAUGAAUUUAUAAUGGAAGGAACACUAACACGAAUCGGAGCAAAGCAUGAGCGACAUAUUUUUUUCUUUGAUGGUUUGAUGAUCAGCUGCAGGACCAAUCAUGGACAGUCGAGGCUUCCUGGCUGUAGCAAUGUUGAAUACAGACUCAAAGAGAAAUUCCUGAUGCGCAAAGUACAAAUAAUUGAUAAGGAUGACACUUUUGAAUACAAACAUGCCUUUGAGAUCCUCUCCAAGGAUGAAAACAGCGUAAUAUUUGCUGCCAAAUCCGCAGAAGAAAAAAACAACUGGAUGUCUGCUUUGAUUUCACUUCAGUAUCGCAGUACCCUGGAGCGGAUGUUGGACACCGUUCUUUUAAAUGAGGAAAAGGAGCAACCACUGAGAUUGCCAAGUCCUGACAUUUAUAACUUUGCAGAAGAAGAUUCUGAAGAGAAUAUAGUUUUUGAAGAGAACCUGCAAACAAAGUCUGGAAUACCUAUCAUAAAAGCAGGCACUGUGCUAAAAUUAAUUGAGAGACUGACGUACCACAUGUAUGCAGAUCCUAAUUUUGUGCGUACUUUUCUGACUACAUACCGUUCGUUCUGCAAACCCCAGGAAUUGCUGGACCUGUUGAUAAAAAGGUUUGACAUCCUUGAUCCAGAGCCCACUGAGUCAGAUAAGCUUGCUAUAGAGAAGGGUGAGCAACCAAUUAGUGCAGAGCUGAAACGGUUUCGAAAGGAAUAUGUCCAGCCUGUGCAACUCAGGGUACUAAAUGUGUUUCGACAUUGGGUAGAGCAUCAUUUCUACGACUUUGAGCGAGAUAAUAUGCUACUCAAUAAUUUGGAAGCUUUCAUCUCCCGUGUGCGAGGGAAAGCCAUGAAGAAGUGGGUAGAAUCGAUUACAAAAAUUAUCAAUCGAAAAAGACAAACUCAAGUAAAUGGAAUCAGCCAUGCUAUAACUUUUGAGAGUCCACCACCUCAAAUUGAAUGGCAUAUUUGUCGACCUGGACAAAUUGAGAUAUUUGACCUCAUGACUCUUCAUCCAAUUGAAAUAGCACGACAGCUUACACUUUUAGAAUCCGAUCUUUAUAGGGCUGUUCAACCAUCAGAACUUGUAGGAAGUGUCUGGACUAAAGAAAAUAAAGAGAUAAAUUCUCCCAAUUUGUUGAAAAUGAUUCGUCAAACUACCAACCUUACUCUCUGGUUUGAAAAAUGUAUUGUCGAGGCUGAACAUUUUGAGGAAAGGGUGGCGGUUUUCAGUCGAAUAAUAGAGAUCCUACAGGUUUUUCAGGAGUUAAACAAUUUCAAUGGUGUGUUGGAGAUAAUCAGUGCAGUUAACUCUGUGCCAGUUUAUAGGUUGGAUCAUACUUUUGAGGCAGUGCCUGAAAGAAAGAAAAAAGUUUUAGAAGAAGCAGUGGAACUAAGCCAAGACCACUUCAAGAAGUACUUAGCUAAACUCAAGUCAAUAAACCCACCUUGUGUGCCUUUCUUUGGUAUUUAUUUGACAAAUAUUCUGAAGACAGAAGAAGGAAAUCCAGAUUUCCUAAAAAGAUGUGGGAAAGAAUUAAUAAAUUUCAGCAAAAGAAGGAAAGUUGCUGAAAUCACAGGUGAAAUCCAGCAGUACCAAAACCAGCCGUACUGCCUCCAAGUGGAAACAGGUAUAAAGAAAUUCUUUGAAAAUCUGAAUCCAAUGGGAAGCAUGACUGAAAAAGAGUUUACAGACUAUUUAUUCAACAAGUCCUUGGAAAUUGAACCACGUAAUUGUAAACAACCACCAAGAUUUCCAAGGAAAACAACAUAUCACUUAAAAUCUCCUGGAUUAAGACCUAACCCCACGAGACAUGCCUCUACCUCUGGCACGUUAAGAAAUCCCAUGCCGUUAGAACGGGAGCCACGCAAGAUCAGCUUCAGUAGAAUUCCUGAAACUGAGAAUGAAUCAACUGUAUCUGUUCCAAACUCCCCUAACACUCCUUCAACCCCACCUGUAUCUGCUUCCUCUGAUCUCAGUGUAUUUGGUGAUAUGGACCUGACUAGCUCCAGCAGCAGUUCAAGUUCCAGCUGCUCCACAGUCUUUGCUCCUGUUCACAUUGCUGGCGGUAGCAACAGUAUUUUUGCACCUGUCUUGCUGCCACCAUCAAAGUUUCAUUCCAUAUCAUGCGGAAGUCUUCACAAACUAAAUGAAGAUAUACUUACUCCCCCACCUCUUCCUCAGCGAAGGAAGCUUGAUGCAGAUUUAGCAAAUUCUAAGAUGGGUUCCAGGACUCCGGAUAGCCCACCUGCUAUUCCACCCCGACUGCCUCGAGUUCCUGUGUUGUAUGGACCAUCUGAUGGACCACCACACAGUCCUCCUCCUCCACCUCCUCGGGACCCACAGCCUGACACACCUCCACCUGUACCAACAAAGCCACCUGAGAUUUUCAUGAAUUAUCCACUUAAUCUGCAACCACCGCCAAUUGGUCGCGUUCAUCGGGAUCAGGACUGGUACAGAGAAUCCAAUGCCAACCCCAAUUCCCCUAGUACACCACCAACAACACCAUCUCCCAGGGUGUUGCGGCGUUAUUGCACAUUCACUUCUCACCACAACAACCUUGCUUAUCCUGUUGCUCCUCCUAUACCACCAAGACAGAACUCUAGUCCACAGCUGCCAAAACUUCCACCAAAGACUUACAAACGAGAGCUAUCACAUCCUCCUUUGCACAGAGAUGGACUGCCACUGCUGGAAAAUGCAGAAACUCCUCACUGACACUAAAUGUCCUUGCCAACACUGGGAAACAAUAGGCACCCUUUAAUAUGACACUGGGAUAAGACAAUGUAUUACUAUUUUUAACCGUUUGUUGUCUUCUUGCUGUUAAUAGCUGUGCUACUGUUCAAGAAGGUUGUGCAAUUAAGAAACUGAUGUUGGGAAAAAACACUUGAGCGUUUAUGAUGCUUUUAUUCGGACCACAGCACAGUUCAGUGUUGUGAUCUUCUCUCAGGUGAUCAGUAGCAUUUCUUUCCUCAGACAUGUAGUGCCAACAUUAUUACCUGAAAGUGUAACUCAAGUUUGCAUUUGCACUGUACAAAUGAACGUAAAUUAUCUGCACCAAUCAUUGCACUGAGCCAACAAGAAACAUAUUCUUGAGACUUAUUUGAGCUCUAGUGGCCUUGUUCAACAGUGGCAUUUCACAGACUUCAAGAAGUAUCAUAAAAUGCUGUUCAUGUAUGAAAAAUAAAUUGUUAGUCUAAUAAGCUUUACAAAAAAAGUAAUAAUUGAAGCAGAUCACUUCUGUUCUGAGGAAGUUUUGUGGAGUUUAACUAGUUUUCAAAUUCUUGCUGCAUUUCAAGCUACACUGGUUGACUGCUGCAAACGUUGGAGAAGAACUUAUAACACUAAAAAUUAGAUUUUUUGAAUGGGGUAACUAUCUAAUGUGCAUUUCUUUGCAGGCUAAUUUGGUCUGAAAAACGAGAAGUAACAAGAAGUAGUAAGGAUUAUUUCACUAAUUGUUGUAAGCAUGCAUCGUAUUUCAGAUGUGCCUUUUUAAUUUUAUUUGCGAACAGAAAAGUGUUCAGUUAUUAAAUCACCUAAGGACUCAAAGUGAGGACGAGGGGAAUUUCCGUGAAUGUACAGUUUUGUUUAUACUAUGUACAUACAGAUAAUGGCUGUUAUUCUGUAUAAACUAAACUGAAUUACGUUAACAGUCUGCUACCUUUAUACAAAAAUCAAAAUCUUAACUGCUGUGGAUUGAGAACAAACAUUUUUUCUGAUGCAAAUCCCAGUACCAACUGGCUCUGUAGCAUUUUAUCAAUCUUCUAUAGACUUCUAUCAGUAUUGUAUUUCAACCAGCAUACACUUUGAAGCUUUACUAAAAUUUACAUUUAAUAGCUGUGACUUAAAGUUGCCUAUCUGCCAUUAUAACUUGUGGUGUAUGAAAAGGUGAAAGAAUCUGUUCUAUCAGUGGUGUUGUAACAGCUUUUUUGAAGUGGCAGCAAUGAUAGCCAUUUCAUUUAAUGUUCUGUGGCCUUUCAACCGUGCUUUGUAUCAGUGUUCUUAAUGAGAUUAAUAAAUUACCCAGUCUUAAUUUUUACUUAAAA